AUCUUGAACCACAAGCACAUCUUUUAGAAGGGAAUCCAUGUACUGACCUCAAAAAGCUUGAGCUAAAAGGAAGCAACACUGAAGCCUCAACAGCACUGCAGAAAAACUAAAAUCUGAGAGAAACUCAGAGAAACAUUCAGUUUGACUCAUAGGCACUGUUUUACAGUUCACCAUUGGGAGUGAUGUUACUGUGGAGUUUUAAAGCUAUGAAGGAGAAACAGCUUUUCUGGACAGCAUUCUGUGUUUUCAGCCUGCUGGAAAAUCACAUUUCUGGUGAAUCAACAACAACCUCUUCAAGAAGUCUUUCCCCAAGCAUUAGCAGCACUGAAAGUAUAUCGCCAAACAUCUCUUCUGCAGCAGAGAAACUUGCUAUAACAAGUAAUACGGAAGCUGUCAGUACAACUAAAGUGACACCAUUAACAGUAACGUCAAGGAAACUGACUGAAAAUUCAACAAGUGAGACAAACGUCACCAGCAACCCUGAAACAUACACACACGCAGCCACUUCAACAGAUACUAUAGUGCAGACAUCUCCAACCCAGCAGAGUACAUCAGGUGCUUCUGGCAACAUCACAACUCAAAAUAUCACUUCACCACCACUUCUGACCACUGUUUCUCCUGAGCAGACACAACCAUAUUCCUCUGCCUUGCCUAACACAACCAACGCUGAUGACAAGAGUGUGAUGCCCAACAUCAAAUGUAUGAAUAUCAAGGAAGUGACUACCUCUAAAGUGAUAUGCCUGGAGCUCAAUGAGACCCAUACAUGUGAACAAUUUGUAAAGAGGAAAGGAGCAGUCCUAGAACAGGCAGUUUGUAAAGAGGAGGCAUGCCACAUCAAACUGGCAGAAUCCAGCGUGAACCAUAACUGCAUCCUUUUGCUUGAAGCUAACAAUAAAGGUGCAGAUGCAUUGAAUGAGGUUCUUGAAAAGGAUAGGUCUGCUUUGUCGAAGCUAGGGGUAAAAUCCUAUAAACAGGACAGCAUUGAGAGUCACAAGGACUAUUCUCGGAAGACACUUAUUGCCUUGGUCACCUCUGGUCUGCUGCUGGCAUUUCUGGGAUUGGCUGGAUACCACCUCAUGAAACGACGGAGCUGGAGCCCCAUGGGAGAGAGGCUGGGCGAAGAUCCAUAUUACACAGAAAAUGAUAGCCAUGGCGACCCUGUGAUCUCUGCAGCCUCUCAUGAACACUCCGACCUGCAGGAUAAACCAAAUAUCAACGGAGGGGCUCGGGAAAAUGGGACUGGCCAGGCAAAUUCAAAAAACGGACAGUCAGCCAGGCCCCAUGUUGCUGACACUGAACUGUGAGAAGGCUAUGGCCCAAAGCCUUUUUAAUGUGGCUUGAAAAAGCAGAGUGAAAAUCUAGAGGAGCUAGGAUGCACGAGUGUCACAAAUGGAAUCAUAAUCCUUUCAUUUUUACAAAGAGCUCAAAGUCCCAGUCUAAAGCAUACAUUUUCCAAGAGCUGACACAGGAUUUAGCUGUGUACAAGCUUCUGUCUGCUUAGCCUACCACUUCAAUGCAAUUGGGCAUGUUUUUAGUAUUUUUAUUUCUAUUUUCUUGUAUUUCAGACCAAAAUGAGAUGUGACUGGCCUUCACAACAAAUCAUCCAGGGAAAAGACAGGGAUGUUGUCUGGGAAUUUAGAGAUGAUUUAUCAUUGUUAGGAAAUUGCUUAACAUCUCCAAUACUGUUUAGGGGAUGGGAGGAUCGCUUCACCGUAAAGAUGUAUGUUAAUGAACAACAGGACAUUUUGUCAUUUAUGUCAGUAAUUCUAAGUAAAUCAGUUUUGGGAAUGCUCAAA